AUGAAGUCGUUCGUGUGUGCAGAGCCCGAGGUGAGGUGCCUGGUAGAGAGGACGAACAAGGAAGAGUUCCUGAUCCUAGCAAGCGACGGGUGGGACAAGGUGUCCAACGAGGUGGUGUGCAAGAUCGCCCGAAACUGCCUCAACGGCUGCGCGGCGGCCAUGUUCUCGGACUCCGUCCCCGGAAGCUCGGCGACCGACGCGGCGGCGCUGCUCGCUAAGCUCGCCGUCGCACGCGGCAGCAUGGACAACAUCAGCGUCGUCGUCGUGAAGCUGAGGCGGCUCAAGACCAGGGCCGCCUGA